UGAGCUGAGGAGACUUAUUUAUGGCUGUGAAAUGUAAUAAUGCAGGGUGUGUGUAAUCCUCUUCCCAGCUCAAGCAGUAGGCCUGGGGACUAACAUGCACCACAUGCACCACAACAACACACGCUCAGUACACAGAUCUGGCCCCAUGAUCAGAGAAAGGGCAGAGCUUGCUGUCCCAAACAGGGCGAGUAGAAUACAGCGUUUCAGCUUGGCAGCCACAAAAGCUGGCAGAGGGCUGAGAAACUUGUGUUGAGUGGGCCAGACUGAGAGAGACAAGCAUCGGGUGUACUGGAAACAGAGUAAGUAGGCAAGUCGAGUGGCUUGUGAACGAACCAAGGAGGCUAGCAGCUGCUGGUCAAGAAGGCUACUAACAGGAUGAAGAUAGUCCACCACGUGGGUCCACGGGGAUUAGGAGUCAGAGAGAGGUAAACAGAUUAAGCCAGAAAAAGAGGCAGCGUUUUUAACCUCAUCAUUCCCCUUACACCCUGCAGAGCAUCUUCCACCCACUCGCACACUUCAGACCAAGUGUGUGCCCAAGAAUCUGCACCAUCUGUCAGGAAUACCACCCAACCUACAGUAGUGCACACAAACAGCCCCUUCCAUGGAUGCCUGGACACAUAGUCGAUGGAAAUUAACUCUGUCGAACUCAGACGUGAGUUAAGUCAAUACGGACUGUCGUUUCUUUCCAAAUGAGCGACUUUACAUCCAAAAGGACAUAAUCUACUGCAACAUGCCAUUGAAAACAGGAUUAUUCCUCAUUCUGUUCUUGUUUACCCUCCAAGCCAAUAGAAUCAAAGAACUCACUGCUGACGACUUGAUUCUCAGGAUCAGAAAUGUGAAGUACAGGCACUUCCUGGAGACUCCACGGCCAAUGAAACAGUUGACAGAUGGCAGAGAUUCACUUUCUCUGGAUGCGCAUCGAGCAAAGAGAUCAGCGCUGUUUAAUACGGGGGUGAAAGUCUGUCCUCAGGAGAGCAUAGCGGAGGUCGUCACCAGCCAUAAAGCCUACUACAAACUAAGAGUUUGUCAAGAAGCUGUGUGGGAGGCUUUCCGGAUCUUUCUUGACAGAGUUCCUGACACCAUGGAGUACCAGCAGUGGGUGUACGCCUGUCAGAGAGACUCACUUUGCAUGGAGGAUCUGGCCCAAAAUUUUAGUAGCACGCAGGAGCAUCUUGACAUGGUAGCCAGUAGAGUGAAAGCUCAAGAUGAACAGAAGAGGGCUCUCACACCUGCACCAGGCAAGAAAUGUUCAAAGAGUCCUGCGGAGCUUUUCAUCAUGGAAUCUGACAGCGAAACUGGGGCACCAGAUGUUGUCCCUCAGAGGCCAGUGGAGCACAUUGUGGAGUUCAGUUUGACUAUAGUAGACCCCGUACUACUGAGGGAUCCAAGCAGCCCGCAAUAUGAAGACUUCACUCACAAUCUUCAUGAGAAGUUGCUGCAUGUGUUUGACAAACUUCCAGGGUUUAAAGAGAUUCGGGUGCUGGGAUUUCGUCCUGAAGGUGCUGUAGCAAGCUAUGCUGUAGUGUUUGAGAGUGAUGGGACGCGGGCCAUAGGUGACACAGACUCCAGUGAUGAAUAUGGCAUAGAGAGAGCCCUAAAGGGCAUGGUGGUGAAGGCACUAAGUGAGGACACAUCACUUCCUGUGGACGUGCUUUCCCUUAUUUUCAAACCAGCAGGCGAGGAGAACAUGAGAUCUAGUACUGAAAUCAGCAGAGAAUCAAGGUUUUUACCUGGGGAAAUGAGUACACAGUCCACAAAAGAGGACUCAGAGGACAUUACAGCACCUGGGAGUAUGGUCAUCUCUUUUGGAGAUCUGGGCUCUGAUAGGACAGAAAAAAGUGAUAUGCAGAAUUUUCCUGAUAUAUCUUCCCACGUUCCCACGCAACCAGUAGCCACUGUGCUAAUUAACAACUCCCAUCUUGAGGGUUCAAAGAUGACAAGUCUAACCACUGAAGUCACUUCAACAAACGAAGGAUUGUCAAGAACCACUACAGUGGACUACCUAUCAAAGUGGGUGGAAGUCAAAGAGGAUGUGGGACAUGAAAUUGUUGCCACUGCUGCACCACUGGACUUGGAGACUUUUGAGGUAGCGAAAGCAUCUUCUUCAACUCAACCUGAAAUGGAUUUUGAUAUAACACCAGAGGCCACUUCUGCAGAGGCAACAUCAAUCUUGACAACCCUAACCCCUACAGAACGAACGCAAGAUGCUAUAUUUCUUGAAGAUGACACAAUUGGCCAAUCAGAACCUUUAGAGACCCCUACCGAAGGUCUUCCUUCAUACCCUAAAGGUCAAGUUGAGUCACCUACUUCAAUUGACCUUGGUGAACAUGUAGAGUCUCCAUCUGUCGGUGUCACCAUAGACACACUCAAUCAAAACGUGCCCCCACUUGGACUUACAACUCCAGAACCCAUUCUUCCUACAGCAAUUCCCUCUGAGCUAACGCCCACAGAAGACCUAAUUUCACACAUGACCCCGGACAUUUUCCUGGAUGAAGAGGGACAGCCUCUCUGGACAGUUUCACCUCCCCCACGUGAAGGUAGUACAGAUAUUGGCAGAGAUGUUGAACAGGCUGAUAAGGAGGAAGAUACUCUAGACUUUGGGAGUGGAUUCCCUUCAGAGGUUGAUGAGAAUCCACAAUCCUCGGCUCGUCCUCUAGGUUACGUUACCGCUCCUUCGGUGAUGGCUUCUAACCAGGCCAAAGAGUUAGUGGUGUUUUUUAGUUUACGUGUGACUAAUAUGAUGUUUUCGGAGGAUCUUUUCAACAAGAGUUCCCCUGAGUACAAAUCACUGGAGAACACGUUUCUUGAACUGCUCCUGCCGUAUCUACAGUCCAACCUGACUGGAUUUAGGGAGCUGGAGAUUCUGAACUUCAAGAACGGCAGUGUGGUGGUAAACAGCAAGAUGAAAUUAGACAAACCGGUUCCCUUCAAUGUUACUAAGACUGUGCAGUGUGUGCUUGAGGACUUCUGCAAUGCGGCGUCUAAGAGACUGGACUUGGAAAUCGACUCCCAAUCAGUGGAUGUGGAAGCAGCUGAUCACACCGAUCCAUGUAAGUUUAUGGCAUGUAACGAGUUCUCCCGCUGCGUGGUGAACACCUUAACCUCAGAGCCUGAGUGUCUGUGCGACCCGGGCUACAGCACGGUGGACGGCAAUCCCUGCACCAGCAUCUGUGACCUACAGCCGAAAUACUGCCUGAACGGAGGACAGUGUGAAAUCAUACCUGGACACGGAGCGGCCUGCAGAUGUCCUGUAGGUAAAUUCUGGCACUACCAUGGAGAACGCUGCAAUGAAUUGGUGUCUGUGCAAGCUGACCCUCUCCUUUUCGUAGCCUGCCUGGUGGGAAGCCUCUCUGUGGUUUGUGCCGUGAUAGGCAUCUUGAUUUUCAUUAACAAGAAAUGUAUACGGACCAGAAAGACCAUGAGACUUGUGCGUUCACAACCUGCAUUCCCAUUUGGUAAUACUAUGAGAGUAAAUCCAGUUUUUGAGAAUGACGAUGGGGUCUUAACACAUGUGUCAAGCAUGCUCUGUCCCAUGAGCUCUGCCUCAGCCUCCUCACAACACACAGGCCAAGGCACAUUUCGAUCACUUGAAAGUUUACAGCUUAGUACUGAGAUCCCCAGACAACUCUACCCCAGAAGAUCAGAAAAGUUAAUGCCAGAAAUGGUUGACGUCCAUCAGUGUAUACCACAUAACGAGACAUGUCGGAGGUCCAGCAGAUCCUCUUGCUGUUUUCUGAGGAGUCCUGAUAGUGACAGCUUUGAAGUGACCGUUUUAUGAUGUCCACACAGUUUUUGUUUUAAACUAAGCACGGCACCAAAACCUCUUCAGUGCUAUACAAGCAACUCAACUCUGCUGGUUUCUUGUAGACAUUUGGUGAGUGUCUAAAACAACCACUAUGCUUCAAGGAUCAAAAGAAACUCUUGGACAACUCUUGGGAAUACCUCCAGGAAAGAGGACUUCUGAUUUAGAUCCAUCCUGAGCUCUUUUUUCAUUGCACCUUCGAAAAAUUGUAAACUGUAUAUGAGACAUGUAACAUGUUGGAUGCUUUGAACCCUUCUCAGAGGUUUGUUUAAUCCCUCACAAUGAGGUAUUUAUUUACAAAUGGAUACAUUGGGUUGUAUCUUAAAUAGAAAACAGAUUCUAGUCAUCUCUUUUAGUCUAUCCACGGUGUCCAAACAAAGAAAAUGAAUGUAAAGUAUUUUUGUAACUCCUAAAGGUAACAGAAAAGGCAAAAAUACAGACAUGUGGUCAUGGUUUGUACAUUAAACAGAAAAGGUAUUUCUGAAUGUGUCUUUCAGCUACAGAUAAAGUAAAUCCUU